UUCCCUCGUUUCUUUCACACACAAAGGCCAAGCUUGUCUUGUUGUGUGAAUGUAUGCAGCACACACACACACACACACCCGCCCCCAAAACCAAACCCCUCCAUCACUGAAUCAUGCAGUACGGGGGGAGGGGCGCACGUCGACAUGCACAUCAUAAUAAAAAUACACAAUCCGAUUGACCCCCUUCACCCUCGCCAUGCAUAAACACACGAGCAGUAAUGAGCUUUUUCAACACAAAACAUGCACUUCCUUUUCCUCUUCACAGCUGAAAAAAACACCUUCUAUUUUAUUACUGGACAACACAUCAAAAUUGGAGCGGCAUGUAGGAUUUCAUCCAAUAAUUUUUGCUGUUUGUUUCUUAGUUACCCUGCCACACACCAACGACGUCUUCAUCACAUCAAAACAACAAAUAUGACAAUGAAAUCUGCCAGGAGGCGUUGAAAACACGCAUGGUUGAACUAUAAGACCAAGUCAAAUUGACUCAUACACACAGCUAUUACAUUUUGGUGAAAGUCUGGAUAAAUGUGUGGGUGCAGGAUUUUUUUUUUCUGCCAUUUUUGCACAUUUGUCUUCACGUCUCGGUAAAUAAUGCAUUAUUCUAAAUGACAAAACUGAAGCAUGUAAGAGUCUUAUCCUUACGAGGGUUAUUCCCAGGUUCCCCCCUGCUUGAGCGUACCCCAGCAUGGUUCCAUCCACCUGGCUCUAUGCUGACAAGACAUGGACCCUGGAGGACACUGGGACGCUCGCUAAUCUGCUGUUUCCACAUGCACGUCGACACAAUCAUGCACGCAUACUGUACGCUACAGUACUGUUUUGCAGGAAUACAACAGCUUAAAGAGCAACCUUGGUGGCCUCCUGUGGAGUUGUGUAAAGCUAAUGCCCCCAAUUCACUUUCACAGAAGUAAAGGGAAAGUAACAGAAUGCACUUCUGGUUCAGAGCCUUCAACCAGGAAGAUAUAGUGUCAAAUAAACCAUAUUGAAGGGAAACAAACCUAUCAUGUAAUUGAAUGUGAAAUGUAAUGUAUCUUAUGGCAGACAGUAAAAAGGGUUAAAAAUCAUGCCCAACUUAAUGGCUCUUGUGCGCAAGACUGCAGGAGUCAACUGCAGUUUGUUCAAGCGGUACUAGUAACGAACUGAAAAUGACAACAAUUCAGAAAGUAUGGCUUUCAAAUGGAGCGCUCGGCGUGCAAAACGGCUUAGUAUCGCUGCAAAUAAACGGUUACGGCAACAAGCUUUUCGUGAGUUUAAAGUCAAGUCAAAGCGCACCUGAGAAAGCAUUUGCACACGCAUCGUCCUUUCUUUGCAUUUUCCAUACAUUGCAUCGAAAAGGGGGAAACCUGCAGAUGAGCACCCAGUUGUAAUAAUAACAAAGGGUAACAAAUCUCCGGUUAUCGCUUAUUCUGACGUUGAAACCGACAAUGCGCUCCUUUGCAUUCCUUACGACAGUCACGCGUAAAUGAUUUUUUACCACAAUAAAGGCUUACUUACGAUUUUAAUGGAUUCUGAAUUACAGUCGCCAUUUUCCAGCAGGACUGUAACGUAAUAUUCCAAAUCUCGGUGUAGUUUGGGACCCAAAUGAGGUGGUGGGGGGGAGCACCAAUGCGGUCCUGCACGCCGUGCAGCCAAUGCAACAGCAGCAUCGAUGCACUGGGCGUGGCUUCUGAGAAAGCUGUCACUCAAUCCGCUAGCUUAUUAUAUUCAUAUUACUAUAUGUGAAAAAUUAUUUUAUUCACUUUUUCUGAUGCGAGGACAGAACGUCUCGUUCUGUGAUAAAUUCAUUGAAUGUAAUAAGAACACAAUAAACAAAACAGUCACAAUAAUUCAAUACAAAUAGAAUAAAAUGGCACACUAGAAUGAAAUUUGGAUGUUUACGGUGAAGUUGUGUUAUUUAUAUUACAGUAUCGCUUAAACGAGAGUCAGCCAAUGAGAUCCUGACACGUCAUUUACUACGGUAAGAAGUUGACCAAUGACUAGCGUUUAAAGGCGGGCCAACAUGGCGGAAGCUCUGCCAGGAAACUAACCUAUGCUAUUUACUCCUACAAAACUACUUAAGUGUCAUAUUUUUUUUUUAGCUGUGGUGUGUUGCUUGUUACAUCUUUAUUGGGUGUCCCUUAUAAUUGUUGAAUCUUACGCAGCGAGUUUUGUGCAACUUAACAAUCACCCAACUUUGGAAAGCUAGAUUGAGGCUACGUUGGAACGAAUGAACGUCAACAACAGUCAUAACAACGUGGCGUCCGUAUGGUAGGUACGAAAAGAGCAAGGAUGAAAAAGUGCGACGGGACGAAAAGAGAGACUCAGUUCCCCCACAGAGGACAAGAAGCCACUCGGAACCGUCGACGGUACCGAGGAAAGCAGCGGAGACCUUCAUGGGACGACCGGUGGAAUGGGAAUGACGAUGCAGGCCCAUCAUUCAGUAGAUCUGAGGGAAGAUCUGACAACCAAUCUAGCUCGUCUUCCUCCUCCAACAGCAGCAGUGCAGCACCAGAACUACCAGGUUUCUACUUUGACCCGGAGAAAAACCGAUACUUCCGCUUGUUGCCGGGACACAACAACUGCAACCCUCUGACCCGUGAGCAGCUCCGAAAUAAGGAACGGGAGAAAGAGAGAAACCGGAUGCUAGAGGAGGAUGGCAAGAGCAGAAAGAAAGCUCCCAGGCCGGGACUCAACACUUUGUUGCUGCUGCACAAACGACGUCUUGGCCUGCUACCUGAGAUGUCCUACUGCAGGCGAGUCCACGAGGGGAAGGUCGGCGUAAUGAGACGGCACCAACUGCAAACGAACACCACGGACAACAUCAGGCACAUUGUGGCCGACUCUACGUGCGAGCAAGUCUUCACAGUCAACGACAUGGCUCAUGCGGGCUGCAAGUACGGCGUCAUGAACUUCAGCAGCAACAGCCAAGGGUCUUUGACGGUGGAAACCUGUGACACGCUCUAUGUUACCUAUCAAAAGGUGAAUUCCCUCUGCUGGGCUUCUGUCAACUACCCCAACUCUCACAUGUUGUUGUGUCUGGAUGGGGAGCAGCGCAAUCCCAGCUGCGUGACUCUGCUUCCGGCCUCACUCUUCGGCAACUCCAACCCAGAUCAACCAGGGAUGCUCUACAACUUUAAGAUGCCUGCAGCCUGGUCUUGUUCUUGGUGUCUACAUCCCCAGUUUGACAAGAUGUUCAGUGUGGGUCUGUCUCACAAGGUGGUAGUGCAGCAUGCAGUCAGGGCACACAAACUAACCAUCGACAUUGGAAGUGACGUCCUGGCUCAGCAGUUUUGCACUCAAGUUCCCGUGCUGUUCAACGGCUGUCGAUCAGGCGAGAUCUUCGGCACAGACCUGCGACAGCUCGGCGGCCGCAGGUAUCAGAGCUGGAAGACCACAAGCUUCCGGCAGGAGUCGGCGAUCACGUGUGUGCGCGUGCUGCAGGAUGACAACUUCCUGGUGGCUGCAGACAUGUCGGGCCAGAUCAAGCUGUGGGAUGUGCGCGCCACAAAGCCUGUGCAGGAGUACAGGGGUCACCACAACGAGCACGCCCUCCUCCCCGUCCACGUCUGCGAGCCGGAGGGGCUUCUCUUGGCUGUGGGUCAGGACUGCCACACCAGGUUCUGGAGCCUGAGGGACGGCCAUCUCCUGAGGACCGUCCCGUCGCCCCACCCGGCUGCUAACGACGCUAUCCCGAGCGUCGUAUUCUCGUCCAACGUCGGCGGCCGCCAUUCCCAACAUCGAUGGCCGCCAUUCCCUGGCUUGCUGAUGGCCAUCAAGCAGGACGUCUUCUACUUCCCUUACAACACAGACGACCCGGAAGGCGGGGAGAUGGAUUUUUAAAUGACAGGACACUUCAUUAGGUACACUGCCUUUGUAGACAAUGCCCACUGUUUAUUAUUGUGGUUCAUACUGAGAGUUGUUUCUAAUAUUUUGGAUACAUCACUGUCUGGGUGAGUUUAAACUGAAAAAUGCUGGGAAAAAAAACAAAAAAGUAAACAGUGACCAGUUUA